CCCUCUGCUGUGAGUGACAGCUGUGUCUCCUCGGUCCCGUUAUCCGGUCAUGGAGUCUGUCCGUUCUCAGCGGUUGCAGCCGGGGGUCGGGCCUGGGAUGGCUGCCGGCACCCUGCGCUCUCUGCGGCCGGGCGUGACUGGGAGCGCGUUCCCCUCCCCUCCGGCCUCGGCUCCUCUGCCCCCGCUAGGCCUGGGGGUCCCGGGGAGUGCGGGGAGUCCGGCCGUGCUGCGGGAAGCUGUGGAGGCGGUGGUGCGCAGCUUCGCCAAGCACACCCAGGGCUACGGGCGAGUGAACGUGGUGGAGGCGCUGCAGGAGUUCUGGCAGAUGAAGCAGACGCGGGGGGCGGAGCUGAAGAAUGGCGCUCUGGUGGUGUACGAGAUGGUGCCAUCUAAUAGUCCGCCAUACGUCUGCUUCGUCACCCUCCCCGGGGGCAGCUGCUUCGGGAGCUUCCAGUUCUGUCCGACUAAAGCUGAAGCGAGGAGAAGCGCGGCGAAGAUCGCCCUCAUGAACUCCGUCUUCAACGAGCAUCCGUCCCGCAGGAUCACAGACGAGUUCAUCGAGAAGAGCGUCUGCGAGGCCCUGGCCACCUUCAACGGAAACCGCGAAGAAGCCGAUAACCCCAACACUGGGAUAGGAGCUUUCCGCUUCAUGCUGGAGUCAAACAAGGGCAAAUCCAUGUUAGAAUUUCAGGAGCUGAUGACGGUCUUUCAGCUCUUGCACUGGAAUGGGAGCCUGAAGGCGAUGAGGGAACGUCAGUGCUCCCGCCAGGAAGUGUUGGCUCACUACUCCCAUCGGGCGUUGGAUGAUGACAUGAGGAACCAGAUGGCCAUGGACUGGGUGAACCGUGAACAGGACAGUCCCAGCAUCCUCACCAGAGAACUCGCGGCCACCGAGAGACAACUGGAUGAGGCACGGCUGGCCGGGAAGGAGCUACGCUACCACAAGGAGAAGAAGGAUAUCCUGAUGCUGGCAGCCGGGCAGUUGGGGAACAUCCACACCUCCAACUGCUAGGCCGGGGCUGCAGGCUCUGCCCCCUGUGAUUGGUAUGAAGGAGGCAGUGGGCAUCUACCGGAACUUACAGUGUACAAUGCUCUGGAUACCUCUCUGGCGCCACCUAGUGCACACAGAGCAGAAUAGAGGGUGAUACCCUGACCUGAAAUCUGCUGUUAGGACUGACACCCCAUCCCCUCCAUUAGUGCCAAAGUUUAAAAAAACCUACCAGCCGGAGAUGCUGUACAGUAAGUACGGUGCCCCCUAAUGGUAACUGAACUCCCUAAGUUCCCAUGGGUGAAAUAGAAGAAAAUGCAGUCUUAAUAGUAUUAGGCCUAUCUGUCGACUAUCCUCCGGUCUGACUGAUGGGUUCCGUCCUGAUGACCGGUUCUUUGGACAGGACCUGCACACAGACGCCCAGCGAGGUAUCGGGAGCUGUACACUGUAACUUCUUCCUGAUACGGUAUUAACGGGAUGCGGAACAAUAUUCAGGACUGCGACGCUGAUUCUGCCGCCCGUCUCUUCCCGCCGCUGUUGCACCUUUGCACAUGUUCUUUGUACACGCGCCUGUGAGUUAUACUCCGCGCUCCGUAUGUGUUGUACCUGUCUUUUAUAUAGUCUAUAUUUUGAUAGCUGCGUUGCGCUGCGAUUCUUGGCUCCGCCUCGACGCUCUACUGCAGCCUGUAAUAACGGGAACUGCCAGGAAUUUUUUUUUUUUUUUUACAAUCGUAGUUUUCUAAGUUUUUUACGUCUAGCGUUUUGUAACCAGGGGAUGAAUGUGGCGAGAGGAGGGACACCUACCAAAAAAAUUUUAAAAAAAUCCAUGUAGCAGCACAGGAAUUAAUCUCUGUGGCCCAGCGGGGGCGGGGCCGAGCGCUGGAGAGCUCCUCCCAGGCUUAGCAGAAAUGAGCAUUGUCUUUUAUAAUACGGUUACUGCAGUGAAGAGUGUGUAAUAUAAAAGGGGCAGAUGGCUAGCCUCGGAGCCUA